GUUCGCAACCUCUUGCUCAUUACACCCCAUCUCUUCUCACUCCUCUUUCUUCUCUGCUCGUAACCAGGCUUAUCUUCUUAAUUUCAUACGAGAUACUUUUCACUGAUUCUCCCCGCCAUAUCGGUGGACCACUUGCACCAUGUCGGACACCCCCCGGCCGUCUCUGAAGCUCACCUUUAACAAGAACAAGGCAAAGGCAUCGGCGCCGUCGACUCCUUCCCAGCCUGCGCCUCCGACUCCCAAGCCGACAGAAACUCCUCAGCGCAAAAUUACAUUAAAGAUCCCACGGAAACCUUCUAUCGCUGAAGGGGCUGGAGGAGAUGACAAACCCAAGAAGAAGAAGCCAUCGAAAAAGCGCCCAGCAGAGGGGCCCGCCGUACCAGAACCGUCCGCCGCCGCCGCGACCGCGCCAGCUGCCGGCCCCAAACGCCUCAAGUUGAUCAACCCAGCCAAGAAACCAGGCGUGCAAUCCAUCCGAAUUAAGAACAAGGGGCUGGUCCCCAAUCGCCCGACAGGCGUGGGCUACGAUUCGGAAGCCUCCGACACGGAGAUCGAUCCCGCCAUCGAAGAACAGUUCAUCCUACGCAUGUUGCCUGGGGACGAUUGCGAAUACCUUCGACGUGCGAUCGCCGAGCGCCGCUUCGACCGAUCCGAAUUCUCCUUCAAGCCGCUGACUCGCGAAGGUCGCCGUGCCAUUUUCAAGGUCCGGGAUCGCCAAUAUGCCGCAGCCUUAGUGGAUUUGCCGUGCAUUAUCGAGGGAAUGAAGAGCUGGGAUCGAAGAGGGUGGUACAAGUCUGCGGAUAUCUGCCAGAUGCUGUUAGUCCUGGGCCCGGUGGCCAACGAACAGGAGGCUAUGGAUUACCCAGUACCAGACGAGGUGGCCCUGACUGAUGACCUAAACUUACAAUAUCCGCAUGGUCUGGCGCCGCCUCUUCGGUGGGUGAGGAGACGUCGGUUCCGUGAGCGUGUCAGCACGCGGACAAUUGAACAGGUCGAGAAAGCUGUAGACGAUAUGAUCAAGCAGGACGAAGCUUCGGUAGCCCCGCCUCGCUACGAGCUGGUAGAUGCUGCGUCGUUGAAUCGCAAUGAGGGCGUAGUGCAGAGCGGAGAGUAUGGCGACUACGGUGACGAGUACUACGACGAGGAACAAGAUGCGGAGGGCGAGGUUGAUGAGGGUAUGAAUGCCGGUGCUUUCUUCGAAGAAGAUUUCGAGGAUGCUCUCGCAGCUGAAAUGGAGGCUGCCUUGGCCGCCGGAGACGAAGGCGAUGCUGCUGCCGCAGACGCUGCGAGUGGUCCGCAAUCAGACACCGGAGUAUACCAGGCCGGUACGCCCAUGGCAACCAAACCCUCCACACCAGCAGCCGACACCUCAGGCGAUGAGAGCGACGGGUCAGAUGGUGACGAUAAUGACGAACCGGGCGACGACGAGAUGGAUGAAGAACAACUCGAGCAACAACGCCAGCUACAGCAGCAGCGUGAGGAGAUUGUUGAGCUGGAGGCUCUGAUUCGUGCCGAGACGGUCAAGUGGGAGAACAUGCCCAACGCCAUUCUCAAAAACAAGCUGGCGAAACGUAUUAAUGACCUGAAGCGGGAUCUAGCAUUGAAGAAGGUAUCCAUUGGAGAGGGCGAUGACGCUGAUGAUUGAUUAUGAUGUAUACUGUGAUACCCUCGCGGCAUCGCCUGGUCAGACAGCCGCAAACCAGUAUUCUCACAUUGAUUACUGUG